AUGGCGUCUGAGUGUAUCCUCAUGGCAUGUAUCAAUACCCUGAUGGCGUAUCAGUGCACCCUCGUGGUGUGUAUAUGUACCCUGAUGGCGUCUGAGUGCAUCCUCAUGGUGUGUAUCUGUACCCUGAUGGCGUCUGAGUGUACCCUCAUUGUGUAUAUCUGUACCCUGAUGGCGUCUCAGUGUAUCAUCAUGGCGUGUAUCUGUACCCUGAUGGCGUCUCAGUGUACCCUCAGUGGGUGUAUCUGUACACUGGUGGCGUCUCAGUGUACCUUCAUGGUGUGUAUCUGUACACUGAUGGCGUCUCAGUGCACCCUCAUGGUGUGUAUCUGUUCCCUGGUGGCAUAUCAGUGCACCCUCAUGGUGUGUAUCUGUACCCUGAUGGCGUCUGAGUGUACCCUCAUGGUGUAUAUCUGUACCCUGAUGGCGUCUCAGUGUACCCACAGUGGGUGUAUCUGUACCCUGAUGGCGUCUCAGUGUACCUUCAUGGUGUGUAUCUGUACCCUGGUGGCGUCUCAGUAUAUCCUGAUGGUGUGUAUUUGCACCUUGGCUGGAUGUAGAUGUUGA